AAUUUUUUAAAGUUUUUCAAAGUCUUAGAUGUUGCUACAUAACAACAAAAUCAAGCAUGUAAGAGGGCAAGUUAAACCUGAAAAUCAGUCAUAUCGUCGUUUUUAUAGUUCUGCGUGAACAAUGAAAUGCACCAGGAAUCUGGUGCUAGCUCUGGCCCUGGGACAGUUGAUUGCAGUCUUUCUUGCUGGUACAGCUGUGACUAGUGGACUCUUGACUGAUCGUGGGGUAGCCAUACCUACAGCUCAGAGUUUCCUCAACUAUGUCUUACUUUGUGUGGUUUACACCAGCAUACUUGCAUGUCGCAGUGGGGAAUCUAGUCUUCUGGGGAUUCUAAAGGAAAGAUGGUGGAAAUAUAUGUUGAUUGGGUUUGUUGAUGUUGAAGCCAACUAUCUGAUUGUAAAGGCCUACCAUUAUACCACAGUUACAAGUGUUCAGUUACUUGACUGCUUUACUAUUCCUACAGUGUUGGCCUUGUCAUGGCUAUUUCUCAAAGUACGUUACAGGUGGACCCAUAUAGGUGGCGUUAUAUUCUGUCUAGCUGGGAUAGGGACUCUCGUUUUAGCUGAUGUACUUUCCAAAAAUAAUGCGGGGUCUGGAACUGCCGAGAACCAACUUUUGGGCGAUGCACUUGUUAUAUCUGGUGCCCUGCUAUAUGGGGUCUCAAACGUUGCAGAGGAGGCUGUAGUGCGCAAUUUUGAUCGGGUGGAGUUUCUAGGCAUGCUGGGAAUGUUUGGAAGCAUCAUCAAUGGGGUACAAUUUGUUCUGUUCGAGAGGCGAGAAGUGUCAGAUGUUGAUUUUAAUUUAAACACAGUGCUCCUACUAUUGGGGUUUGCAGUGUGCCUAUUUGCAGUAUAUUCCAUAUUCCCAAUUGCUAUCCAGUUAUCAAGUGCUGCAGCAGUGAAUCUUUCACUAUUGUCUGCAGAUUUUUAUGCUGUUUUAUUAGGUCUAUUCUUGUUUAAAUACAAAUUCCAUAUUUUAUACUUCUUCUCUAUAGCGCUUAUAAUAGUGGGGAUAAUACUCUAUAACCUGAAGCCUCCAGAAUCACAAAUCGAACAAAUCUAUGACAAAAUACCAGAAAGCGGAGACUUACAAAGUUCCAAUGGAACUGAGACACCUACUCGAGAACCUGAAGUUGAGACACCUAAAUUAGGAACUUGUUUUGAUAUAGAGCCAGUUGUGAUUGAGAAUAAGAGAACAGAUGCUAGAACACCUUCAUGUAGGACAAGUUAAGACAAAGUACAAAGAUGUGGUAAA